AUGGCCAGUUCACGCUCACCAAGGAAGAAGGGAAAGAGGAACGCUGGGAUUGCAAGUACCGACGAAUUUAACUCUAUUCCGGCUCCACAGUUCCAACACAAAAUAACUGAUAGUGCGGGGCAGGCGAUUACGCAUGACAUGCCAAUCCAAGCAAUCGAUCAAGAUGUUCAUCGGCCAUUAAAGCGACCUCGCUCUUGGACCACCCUUUCUGAUAAUCAGAGUCCCAGUUACAUACCUGAGGGAGGAGUGAAGGGGACAAAUGAACAAAGGCCUUCCAUUCAAAAGGGACAGGGCGCGUCAGUUCAUAUGGAAGGGUUCAAACAAAAUCUACAUGUUAUAAUCGACUAUCUACUCCUUCAAGAAUCCUCCAUGUCAGUCGGAGAGCCUUGCAAAUGUCGACGGCCAGGUGCUGUCCGAUCAUGUAUUUGCUUUGACUGCCUAUUCUUCGAACCUUCAUGCUCAAUUUGCUUCCUCGAAACCCAUUCCUCCUCACCUCUUCACUGGGCACAUGUCUGGAAUGGAAAAUUCUACGAUAAACGGGAUAUCUGUGACCUGGGCUAUGUUUAUACCUUUAGUCACAAUCACAACGGCUGUCGGUGUGAAGCAGCCGAGGCAGGUGGUGCUUACUCCAAACCGCUAGACUUCAAUCUCAUUGACAUCAACGGCAUUCAUCGAAUCAAAUGUGUUUUUUGCGCUUGCCCGGGACAUGGACGCCCUGAGCAUCGAUUCACGGAUCUUCUGGCCUCAGGAAUAUUCCCUGCGACAGUCGCUCGUGCAGAGACUGGUUUCACAUUUAACGUUCUCUCCGAAUUUCACUUACAUACCGUUACAUCAAAGAAGUCUCCAUAUGAUUUUGUUUAUUCACUUCGCCUGCGGACUUGUGGGUUCUCACCCGACCUUGCGAAUAUCCCCGACCCAUACCAGCAGUUUCUACGUGUCCAACGUAUCUUUCGUGUUGCACAAGCAGUGAAGAGGAGUGGACAUGCACACGGUAUGGACCAAUUUUUCCCAAAUCGCCCGCCUGGAAGUGUGGUAGUCCCAUGCUUUGCUUGUCCUGAACCGGGUUUUAAUGUGCCCGAUCAUUACUGGAACGAGAUCGACGAUGACUUUUUGCACAUGGUCCAACUGACAAUGAUGGUUGACGGCCAUUUCGGAUUGCAAAGAUUUGCGAAGGUCGAUGACCCCGAUGAUGUCUCCUUACUGGAUGGAUUGGGUUUCUUUCCCCGCGAUGAAGAGUAUAAUGAGUAUGUUGGUAGUAUAGUGCUCCGCCCAGAAGAUGAGAAAUCAACCUGCUCUCACCUUCAUGCUGUCGAUAUGCAGAAUAAAUUGAAAUUCAAGGGUUGUGUCAUCACCGGAGUAGUAGCUGUUGAAUGCGGAAGGCACAGUGUAUUCAUGUCCAUGGUUGAUCUUCAAAAGGGCGAAAGGUUUUCGAAUGCUGACUUUGCUUUUAUUCGUGCUGUACGGCGAUAUGUAGUCGGAACCUCGCUUGUCCAUGCCAGGUUCUUUCGUCGGAUACUUAGCACCUAUGACAUAGCCUGUCAAUUUGGGGUUCACUUUUUCCAGCGGACGGCGAAACAUUUCCCAGAUAUGGCAUGGUUAAUAGAUUUUGUUCGGUGGAUGGUACCAAAGAUGCACCUUGAUGGUCACAAUACCGAUUGCCGCAUACGUUUCUCACUCAAUUACCUGAAGGGAGCAGCACGUAUGCAUGGGGAAGGAAUUGAACAAUCAUGGGCAGAGUCGAAACAAUCUGGCGGAAGCACAAGGCAAAUGAAUCAUGGCCAUAGACAUGAUACUAUAAUUGACCUCCACAAUUUUUGGAACUGGACCAAGGCCAUGAACAUGGCAACUUACCUUACCAACAAACACUCGGAGUCGGUAAAGCUUCGAGAUGAUGCUAUUGAACAUUAUAUAGGGCUGUCGCGACUUCGAGGAGCUGUCAACGUCGAUCAUUGGAGUAAGGAAAGUGAUGAACCAAAAAAAGAAGGGGACCAUUGGGUCAGUGUAUACCAUAUCCGAACACGACGUUUGCCUUCUCGUGAGAAUGUCUAUAUGAACAUGCUCAGUCUGGAGCAGGAGAAUUUGGCAGCCAGAGGUGAUCUGUUUAGCGAUGCAUCGGACGAGAUCAAGUUUAUUCUGAGUGGUAUACGGAUACAAGAGCGCCAGCGUCAGCUACAAGCAUCUAUUAGACAGGCAUCAACAGAGUCUGAAAUAUCAACAACAAAGCGAAGUAAAACUGUUCUCACCACAGAUAUACGUAACUGGAGGAAGCUUCAACUCCAUAUGAUGCCACAAGUGGAGUCCUUCGUAUCCGCACAACUCGAUCGCAACAAUGACAUUUCCAUCGAGACCCAAUGCCUCUAUCUCCCCUCAGAUUUUAGUCAACAAGAACGAAAAAAACUCUCGCUAGAUCUUCUAUCUUCGAUUGAGUUGAAACUCCGUGAAGGUGAAUGCAACGACGCUAUUGUGGGCCUUUGCGAUGCUAUCAACUACAAGACCGUAAUGAGGGAGAAUCAGCGCGCCAACUCACAUGGAGUUAUUCAGAAUACUAGGUCAGUUAAAUGGUUGAAAACUGCUGAAGUCAAAAAGCAGCUGCAUGCGACUCAUUACCGGGCUUCUCGGUUGGCAAUCCUUGGUCUUCUUGGCAUAGACGAUUCGCCCGAUUAUCCCGUCCUCAAGGAUGAGGACAUGUACGCCAAAAAUCCAACAGUGGCACGUGAGUUGGGAGAUGGAAAGCGAGUGGAUGCGUGGAUCUGGAGGUACGGGCAACUGAAGGGUUUGGGUACGAAGGCAAAGGCUGACUUCUUGACUGAAAUGGAACGGGUACAAUGGUUCCGUGCGAAGGCAGACAUGGAAAGACUAGUGGAGGAAGUGGAACUACUGGAGGAGGAAUUCCGGUGCCUUACAAGGGCAUGUCGGGCCAUGACGUCCUACUGGUCUCAGCUAGCCGUCGGUCCGCCCAACUUGGAAAAGGCCAGAUAUCCGCUCUCCAAGAGUAUAGCUGGCAUCACUGAUGCACGCAACCCUUAUCGUGUGUAUGCGUCGCACAAGGCAGCUCUGUAUGCAAGUAUGGCCAAGGACGCCGAGGAGAAGUUCUAUAAGGCUGCUGGCCCUGGGUGUUGGCCGAGUGACAACCAGAAUUUGAACGACUAUUUCAGAUCUAGACGGCCGGUAAUCACUCUAGAUAGUGACAAUUAA